ACAGCACAGUUGGAUCUUAGAUUCGGAGUUGAGAGCAAUAAGAUCCAAAGCAGAUUAGAAAGUCGAAACACGACUUGACUGAAAAAUAAAUAAGAGAGUCGAAACACAACUCGGUAGAGAGGAUAGUACGGUCCUUGAAGAGUAAAAAAAACAAUAUCCAAAAUUAAGGGAGAGAAGAAAAUAAGGAAGAGAGAAUCCACUAAGAAUUGUACGACCAAAGGACCAAAGUGGACCAGCAAAAAGCACUAUGGACCACCAACUAUUUUUCAAUGCAAAUCUCACUUUACUUUUAGUGAGAGAGAACGAAUAGGAGAAAGAGGCAACUUUCUUUCUUUGACCGUAAUAGAUAGGGAGAGCUACAAGGAAAGAGAGAGAGAGAGAGAGCUAGAGAGAGACUGAGAGAGAUCUAGAGAGAGAAACAAAGACGGAGUUGAGAGAGGGAGCUAAAAGAAAGGCAAAGCGAAGAGAAACAAAGAAAAUAGGUAGAGGAGAAAACAGGAAGAGAAGGUCAGAUUUAGGAAGCAACUCGGAGAGAUACGACCCACAAAAGAAGCAACAGAGAAGAAAAAUAGAAGAGAUGCAGAUGGCAGAGAUUCUCUCAGGCGCAGAUGAAAUAGAGGGUAGAUCCAAGUGAUGGCAGAGUUUUGCAGGGUGGCAAUUUUAGGGAUUUCAAAGUAGAGGUGGUAAUUUUAGGGAUUUCAAAGCAGACGUGGUUUCAGAUCCGGAUGUGGUUUAAGAAUCGGAUGAGGAUGAAGAAAAUCAGAGAUUCAAAUCAGGUUUCAGGAGGAUCUUUCAGAGGCCGGUUAAUUUCAGAUGUAGUGGUUCGGGGUGUUUCAGAUCUGAUGGUUUCCAAAGAUAGUUUUUAGAGGCAAAGCGGUGAUCUGAUUUGGAGGUUUCAAAGACGGGUUUUAGAGGGUCGAUUUCAAAGGCGGGGCAGAUUUCAGUGUUUUCCUGAGCAUCCGAGGGGUGAAUUGCACAGAGGUAGAACAUGAAUUUCAUAUCUGGUUGGGGUGAAUUGCACAGAGGUAGAACACGAAUUUUAUAUCUGGUUGCGACACGAACACAUACCAGGCUCCAGAAUUUUAUAUCUGGUUGAGAAAAUACUGAAUGUUACUAUGUUAAAGCUCUGUGACUUUGAAAGAGAUGGAUCUGACAGAGUAGAGAGAGAAUGGGAGAGAGAGAAGAAAGUGGGUAUUACUUGGUUUUGUGAAUAGAGAGAUGGGUAUUACUGGUUUUGUGAAAUGUUAAAGGGUGGAAUGUUGCAGGUGAUAUUACGAGGGGAGAGAGAGCGAGAAGAAAAUGGGUAAUGGUUUCAGUUUAAGUCAGACAGCAGUUCCAAUUCCAUUUUAGAGAGGGAGAGAGUGGAUAAUGGUAUUCGUGAAAUGGAGAGAGAGAAAGAUUUGGUCCUGAAGAAGCCAGAGAAGAGAGAGACUGGAAGCAAUAUACAGAAGGCUUUACAUUUGCAGAAGCCAGAUCUAACGUGCGAGCUCAAAUGUGUGAAUCUGAAGCCGAGCUCAUAUCCGGCAACCUCAGAUCUGAGGUUGAGGCUAUGGCUCUGAUACCAUGUUGGAAUACUGUUUCUAUUAUUCCAUAGACUUUACUCGCAUUGGGAAUUUAGACAUGAAUAUACGAACACGUAACUGUUCACAGUUAUACAGUUUCUAUAACUGAUCACAGUUCCAGUUAUACAGUUUCUAUAACUGAUCACGGUUCCUAUAACUGUUCACAAAAGGUACGAGCUUCUGUCACCCUGUUCAUAGGAAACCAUCGUCUUUUCUCCCAUGAAGCCAACUUAUACUUCCCCUUGUGCGUAUUCACAAUGCGCUUGCUAACCCAAAUGGUUUUAUCAAGAUACAUGAUUCAAAGGUUUUGUAGUCCACUUCAUGGAUUCCCUCUCGCUAGAUUUAGUAACAUAUUCAACCCCCAUAUUGUCCUAAUCCUUAGGCCCUUCCAUGAAAUAAGAAGCAGUGUUGCUCAAAUUUUCACUCAGGAAAGUAGCCCAAAAGACAUUUUCUCUUCAUUUUCUAGACGGAGAGUAUCAAAUAAUGACCCAAAAUCGAAAGUUUCUAUGGAGAGAGAUGAGGCCCUUAAAGAUGCUCCAAAAGCUGAUGCUUUUCGUGAUAAAAUGAAAAAUUUCAGAGAUGCUGAAACGGUAACAGGGAUAUGCGAUAUGCUGAGGAAAGGUGGGAAUUGGGACGAUUUAAGCUUGUGUUUUGGAGUGAUUAAUUUGAAUGAGGCCAUUAUCGAACAUGUAUUGCUCAAUUUAAAAGAGCUCAAUGAGGCAAAACUUGCAUUGAGUUUCUUUCACUGGUCCUCUCUUUGUAAAAAGAUCGAUCAUGGCCUCAGCACAUACUGUAUCAUUGUUCACAUUCUUGUUCGAUCUGAGUUAUUUACUCACGCUCAAGCCCUUUUGGAAUCUGCCGUGAAAAAGCAUUGCAUUGAGGAUUUUGGCUUUCCCAAGCUAUCUGAAUCUCUUCUAGGCACUUAUUACAUCACUGGAUCGAGCUUUCGAGUUUUUGAUUUUCUUGUUCAAACAUAUGCAAGAUUGCGAAUGUUUGAUGAAGCUAUAAGUUCUUAUUCUUUAUUGGAGAAGUAUGGGUUUUCUCCCAGUAUUGUAACUUGGAACAUUCUGUUAAAUUUUGUGCAAAAAUCGAAUCAAAGCACAAUAGUUUGGAGAAUUUAUGAAGAUAUGCUUAUGAGAAGAACUUACCCCAAUGUGAUUACUGUUAGAACAUUGACUAAUGAGUUAUGUAAGGAAGGAAAAUUGCAGAAAUUCUUGGACCUUGUGAACAUGAUUCAAAGAGAGAGAUGUGAUUCUGGUGUGAUAGUUAAUGUAGCUCUGAUUGAUAAUAUGUUUCGAGAGAAAAAAUGGGAUCAAGGUAUUGUCUUUUUAAGGAGAAUGGUUCAAAAGAAUAUGAUCCUUGAUAAAGUUGCUUAUUCAUUGAUAAUAAAUGGGUUUUGUGAGAAAGGAGACUUGGUUAGGGCAAAUGAGAUGCAUGAGGACUUCCUUAAGAAAGGGUUCCCUUCAAACUCAUUUACCUGCACUUCAUUUAUUGGUUUAUAUUGUAAGGAAGGUAAGUUUGAAGAAGUAAACCGAUUAAUGAAGGAAAUGGUUUCAGAAGGUUUGAAACCAUAUGACAUGACUUACAAUUUUUUAAUUGAGGGAUUAUGUAAGCUUGGGAAAUUAGAGGAGAGUUUAAAUUUUUAUGAAGAAAUGAUAAGAAUGAAGUAUUUACCCAGUGUAUGUACUUUCAAUGAGCUUGUUUUCGAGCUCUGCAAAUUGGGUAAGGUAGAUAAGGCUAAUGGCCUAUUAACUGAUCUUCUAGACAUGGGUUUUUCGCCUGAUGAAAUAACUUACUGUCUUCUUAUUGAUGGAUACAACAGAGAGGGUCGUACUAUCCAAGAAGCCCUUAAACUGUAUUAUGAGAUGGAAUUUAAAGGCCCUUCACCUGGUCACAUGGCUUAUAGCUUGUUGAUUGGGGGUCUAUGUAGGUGGGGAAAGGUGAAGGAAGCGGAGAAGUUUUUAAAAGUUUACAGAGAUAAAUUAUUAUCUCCAACAAAGAGUAUCUAUAAUACAUUGAUUAUUGGGCAUUGUGAAAGUGGGAACAUAGAAAAGGCUCUUUAUUACUAUGAUGAAAUGAUCAGGGAUGGAUUGGUUCCUGAUUCUCGUACUCUCCGAGCGCUUGCAGAGCUAGCUAACAAAGACAACACUUUGCUUAUUGUGAAUGAGGUAUUUGAUGGCCUAGCUAACAUUUAGUUAUUUGUUUUCAUUUGUUUAUUAAUUAAAAUGAGUUGUUUAUGAAACUUUAUGUGUUUUGGUAGUUCACUUGUGAAUAGCUUGUAAAGGGAAUGAAGGAAUUCAUCACCAUGGAUAUAAUGUAAAUGGGUAGUAUUUAUUAAAAAAGGUAAAUAAAGAACUCUUGAUGCGGUGUAUUCUUU